AUGUAUUACAAGUUCAGUGGCUUCACGCAGAAGUUGACAGGAACUUGGGCUUCUGAUGCCUAUACCCCGCAGGGACUAAAGCCUGUGGUUUCCACAGAAGCAGCACCUAUCAUAUUUGCCACACCAACUAAACUGACCUCUGAUUCUGCAUAUGAUUAUGCUGGGAGAAAUAAAGUUCCAGAGCUGCAGAAGUUUUUCCAGAAAUCCGAUGGUGUGCCUGUCCACCUGAAACGCGGCCUGCCUGACCAAAUGCUUUACCGGACCACCAUGGCGCUGACACUGGGAGGGACCAUCUACUGCCUGAUCGCCCUCUACAUGGCUUCACAGCCCCGGAACAAAUGA